GCAUUAUGACUGCAGGUAUUGUGGUCUAUGCAAACAUGACUCCUCGUAAAAAAGGUGUCAGUUUUGUUGCCAGAUAAAAGGGUUAAAAAAACAAUUAUAUUUUUUACUGGCAAAUGGUGUAAACUAUUUUUAUAUUACCAACCAAGGCUCACAGAGCUGUUAGAUCUUUUGUCAGAAGCCACUUGGCCAUAUAUGAUAGAUCAACGAAAUGGCUUUUCACGUGGCAGAUUGUAGCAGCCAAAUAAUCUAAAUGCAUGUUACUAAAUGUGGAGGGAAAAAAUCGAAGGACCCUAAGAAAAACAAAUACUGUGAGUGAGUGUACUCAUUUGUGUUAGUGUACUCCGCAAGCGUAAACUACGUGCGUGAGUGUACUCUGCGUGUGUGAGAUUACCCCGUGUGUGCGAGUGUACUCCGUGUGUUUACUCUGUAUUAGAGUACUCUGUGUGAGAGUACUUUACUGUGUGUGAGUGUACCCCGUGUGUGUUGUGUGGGGAGCGGCCGUGUUGUGCGGUGACGUCACCCUCAGAGUCGGCUCCCCCCCUUCUGUCUGGCGGGUGACGUCACCAAGAGCAGACCGGAGAGAGGAGUUGGGGACAGCAGCUGAGAGGUUUGGGAGAAAAACGGCAAACCCAGUGGAACACCAAUGCCGACGGUGACGGCCGACGCCAGGAUAGCGGCCACAGGCUCGAAGCGAGGGCAAACCCGGCUCUUGUCCCAAGAAAGGAAUCCGCUGCCCUCCACGGGGGCGCAUCGCCAGCGGGGCUACAAGCUGAGCCCCAACUUUUCCAGGAGAAUUGGCCUGAUGGAGCAAAGGCACUCAGCGCAGUUCAGUACAAGAAGGAAACAAUGCGACCAGCAUGCAAACAGCACGGAUCGUACUGGAAACUUGACACAGCACCAGAGAACACACACAGGAGAGAAACCCUUAGAGUGCUGUGUGUGUGGGAAUGCAUUUUCAGAUUCAUCUACUCUUAAACAACACCACAGAACACACACAGGAGAUAAACCUUUUAAGUGCGCUCUGUGUGGGAAGGCGUUUGCAAAGUCAUCAAUUCUUAAGACCCACCAGAGAACACACACAGGAAAGAAACCUUUCAAGUGCACUGUGUGUGAGAAGGCGUUUGCACAGUCAUCACAUCUUCAAAAACACCAGAGAACACACACAGGAGAGAAACCCUUCAAGUGCACUGUGUGUGAGAAGGCAUUUUCAUGGUCGUCAUAUCUUCAGACCCACCAAAGAACACACACAGGAGAGAAACCUUUUAAGUGCAGUGUGUGUGGGAAGGCGUUUGCAAAGUCAUCAGUUCUUAAAUCACAUCAGAGAACACACACAGGAGAGAAACCUUUCAAGUGCACUGUGUGUGAGAAGGCGUUUGCACGGUCAUCCAUUCUUAAAUCACACCAGAGAACACACACAGGAGAGAAACCUUUUAAGUGCACUGUGUGUGAGAAGGCGUUUGCACGGUCAUGCAUUCUUAAAUCACACCAGAGAACACACACAGGAGAGAAACCUUUCAAGUGCACUGUGUGUGACAAGGCGUUUGCACUGUCAUGCAUUCUUAAAUCACACCAGAGAACACACACAGGAGAUAAACAUUUCAAGUGCACUGUGUGUGAGAAGGCGUUUGCAUGGUCGUUCAUUCUUAAAUCACACCAGAGAACACACACAGGAGAUAAACCUUUCAAGUGCACUGUGUGUGAGAAGGCAUUUUCAUUGUCAUCAUAUCUUCAGACCCACCAGAGAACACACACAGGAGAUAAACCUUUUAAGUGCACUCUGUGUGGGAAGGUGUUUGCAAAGUCAUCAAAUCUUCAAACCCACCAGAGAACACACACAGGAGAUAAGCUCUUCAAGUGCAGUUUGUGUGGGAAGGCAUUUUUUGAUUCAUCUACUUUUAAACAACACCAGAGAACACACACAGGAAAGAAACCUUUCAAGUGCACUGUGUGUGAGAAGGCGUUUGCACGGUCACCACAUCUUCAAAGACACCAGAGAACACACACAGGAAAGAAACCUUUCAAGUGCACUGUGUGUGAGAAGGCGUUUGCACAGUCAUCACAUCUUCAAAGACACCAGAGAACACACACAGGAGAGAAACCCUUCAAGUGCACUGUGUGUGAGAAGGCAUUUUCAUGGUCGUCAUAUCUUCAGACCCACCAAAGAACACACACAGGAGAGAAACCUUUUAAGUGCAGUGUGUGUGGGAACGCGUUUGCAAAGUCAUCAAUUCUUAAAUCACAUCAGAGAACACACACAGGAGAGAAACCUUUCAAGUGCACUGUGUGUGAGAAGGCGUUUGCACGGUCAUCCAUUCUUAAAUCACACCAGAGAACACACACAGGAGAGAAACCUUUUAAGUGCACUGUGUGUGAGAAGGCGUUUGCACGGUCAUGCAUUCUUAAAUCACACCAGAGAACACACACAGGAGAGAAACCUUUCAAGUGCACUGUGUGUGAGAAGGCGUUUGCACUGUCAUGCAUUCUUAAAUCACACCAGAGAACACACACAGGAGAUAAACCUUUCAAGUGCACUGUGUGUGAGAAGGCGUUUGCAUGGUCGUUCAUUCUUAAAUCACACCAGAGAACACACACAGGAGAUAAACUCUUCAAGUGCAGUGUUUGUGGGAAAGCGUUUGCACAUUCAUCAAAUCUUAAAAAACACCAGAGAACACACACGCAUCAGAAAAUCCACAAGAAGUGUAAUCUGAAAUCAGCUUGUGAAAGUCAAAGUGCUGCAAUGACCCCAUUGUUCAUGAAACAAGAACCAGAAGACAAUCCCAGCCUGGACACUUUGAAAGGUAUCAAGGUGAAAUAUGAAGAGGUGAAAGUGAAAUGUGAAGAAGUAACAUUGAAGAGCGUAGAAGUGAAGGUUAAAUUUGAAGAUUCAACUCCAAAAUCGGACCUUCACAUAGAUGGAGGCAAUGUGAAGCAGGAACUAAAUUCUGAUUGUGAGGCAGAGCGAGGCAACUCCCAGGAGUUUGUGGAUGUGGAGGUGUGGGUGGACUUCUUAGACAAUACAAAGUCAAAUGGAGACCAGGUAGAUGUGCAACGUGACGUCACGAUAUAUCCGGAAGCUGUUGCACAGCGCGCGCGCUCACUGAGAUCCGAGGUUUGGGAGAAAAACGGAAAACCCAGUGGAACACCAAUGCCGACGGUGACGGCCGACGCCAGGAUAGCGGCCACGGGCUCGAAGCGAGGGCAACCCGGCUCUUGUCCCAAGAAAGGAAUCCGCUCCCCGCUGCCCUCCACGGUGGCGCAUCGCCGGCGGGGCUGCACGUUGAGCCCCAACUUUUCCAGGAGAAUUGGUCUGAUGGAGCAAAGGGACUUGGCGCAGCUCGGUACAAGAAGGAAACAAUGCGACCAGUAUGCAAACAGCACGGAUCGUACUGGAAGUUUGACACAGCACCAGAGAACUCACACAGGAGAGAAACCAUUCAAGUGCACUGUGUGUGAGAAGGCAUUUGCAAAGUCAUCACAUCUUCAGAGUCACCAGAGAACGCACACAGGAGAGAAACCCUUCAAGUGCACUAUGUGUGAGAAGGCAUUUGCACAGUCAUCAAAUCUUCAGAGCCACCAGAGAACACACACAGGGGAGAAACCCUUCAAGUGCACUGUGUGUGAGAAGGCAUUUACAGAGUCAUCACAUCUAAAAACACACCAGAGAACGCACACAGGGGAGAAACCCUUCAUGUGCACUGUGUGUGGAAGCGCAUUUGCAACGUUAUCAAAUCUUCAUGACCACCAGAGAACGCACACAGGAGAUAAACCCUUCAAGUGCACUGUGUGUGAGAAGGCAUUUGCACAGUCAUCAUAUCUAAAAACGCACCAGAGAACGCACACAGGAGAGAAACCCUUCAAGUGCACUGUGUGUGGAAGUGCAUUUGCAUGGUCAUCAGAUCUUCACGACCACCAGAGAACGCACACAGGAGAGAAACCCUUCAAGUGCACUGUGUGUGAGAAGGCAUUUGCACAGUCAUCAAGUCUUAAAAUACACCAGAGAAUGCACACAGGAGAUAAACCCUUCAAGUGCACUAUGUGUGAGAAGGCAUUUGCACAGUCAUCAAGUCUUAAAAUACACCAGAGAACACACACAGGAGAGAAACCCUUCAAGUGCACUGUAUGUGGAAGUGCAUUUGCACGGUCAUCAGAUCUUCACGACCACCAGAGAACGCACACAGGAGAGAAACCCUUCAAGUGCACUGUGUGUGACAAGACAUUUGCACGAUCAUCACAUCUAACAACACACCAGAGAACGCACACAGGAAAGAACCUCUUCAAUUGCACUGUGUGUGAGAAGGCAUUUACAGGGUCAUCACAUCUUAAAAUACACCAGAGAACGCACACAGGAGAGAAACCCUUCAAGUGCACUGUGUGUGAGAAGGCAUUUGCAACGUUAUCAAAUCUUCAAAGACACCAGAGAACACACAGGCAUCAGAAGAUCCCCAAGGAGCGGAGUCUGAAAUCGGCUUGUGUAAGUCCAAGUGCUGCAAUGAGCCCAUCCCUGCUGAAAAAAGAACCAGAAUUUAAUUCCAGCUUGGACACAAUGAAAUGUAUCAAGGUGGAUUUUGAAGAGGUGAAAUGUGAAGAAGUGAUGGUAAAGAGCGAAGAAGCGAUGGUAAAAUGUGAAGAUGAAGAUUCAACUCCAAAAUUGGACCUUCACAUCGAUGGAGGCAACGUGAAGCAGGAGGAGAAUUCUGACUGUGAGGCAGAGCGAGGCAACUCCCAGGAGUUUGUGAAAGUGGAGGUGUGGGUGGACUUCUUAGACAAUACAAAGUCAAAUGGAGACCCGGUAGAUGUGUAAGCUUGAGACAAUGAAGCUCCAAUAAAUGCACUUUUGUCACAGGCCUUUAAUUAAAAUAACGUGAAGUUGCACACUCAAUUCCUAGGUUCAACCUGCAGAGUAAGAGCAGCCAGUAUUUGCAGACCUGUGGGUUGGGUAGAUCUCUAACCAGGAGCCAGAACCAAUAAGCUCUGAAGCAUUCUCUAUGUUAUGCUAUGUUAUAAUAAUUUUUGCAUUUAUAUGGUGGUUGCUUAAUCGCCUCAGCAACUCAGUUGUUUUGUAUCAUCUCAUCACAAACACUCGAAGAACAUGUUGUAUAUAUGCCUUUUCCAUAAAAUUAAAUUGAGUGAUUUUCUCUAUUGUUUUCUAAUAAUUUUGAUCGGGAUGUAGUGCUGGGGCACGGAAAGGGUGAGUCUCCCCCCCUGCCUCCUGCCUUGCCACGCAAAAGACAGCUGGAGGAUAAUUACUCAUAAGCCUGUUUU